UUAGGGGCGGUAGUCUGAAGCUAUUCGUCCUCCUUCCUCCUCACAUAUUUAUUCAUUGUCCAAGACUGUAACUACCGACUACAGCAGCGGCUUUUCACAGUCCCACAGGGGAGCUACAUGAACAUCCUGUUCGACAGACAUUAACAAAUAAUGGCUUCUGAAAACUUCGAACUGACCGGCGAUGCGGACAAAAACGGCGAGGCAGAGGUCCCGCGGCGGGGCCAUGAGAGGCGGCUACACAGAUCCCUGAAUAUGAACCACUAUGCCAAUAAGAAGAGUGCAGCAGAAAGCAUGCUGGAUGUAGCUCUGCUCAUGGCUAAUGCCUCCCAGCUGAAGGCAGUGAUGCAGCAAGGACCAAGCUUCACCUUUUAUGUGCCCCUCAUUAUUCUCAUUAGCAUCUCUCUCACUCUGCAAAUCCUAGUCGGAGUUUUGCUAAUUUUCAUAGUUAAGUGGAAUCUAAACGAUCAAAGAAAUCACUACAGAUUGGACAUUUUGGAGAAUGUGACCACAGCUUUCGUCUUUAUCAUAGUGGUUAUCAACGUCUUCAUUACAGCCUUCGGUGUCCAGCAGCCCAGCUCGAGCGGUUGAUUGUGUUUUAAAAGGCUUUCAAUCUCUGCUGAUCAAUUCAGUAAAGGCAGGACACCCAGACAGGGAGAGACAAGACAUUUAUUCACCAAACUGGCUGGCAUGCAGGUGUAUUUGCUUUUCUGUAAUUCAACCUAUCAGGUCUCAGGAGAACCAGCGAACUCAGAGAAUCAAGUUACAGUAUAUUGUCUGCUGUGUGUGUGUGUGUGUGUGUGUGUGAGUAAAAGGAGUUCCUUGCUUCUCAGACGAUGGCCAGUCAUGCACAACUUGUGUUGAUCAGUUCUUAUUUCAUGUGGCUGUUAAAUAGUCUGUUACAUCUUCUCAUGCUCAGGUUACUGAUGCAAAUAAAUAAUUGUCUGUACGCAUAAAACAAACAUCAGGAGCAAUAGUCAGUCACAAUUACUAUGAAGGUUUCCCAAACAACAUAAUAGAAGAA